CCCCCAGUCCACACUCUCCUCCCGCCCAAGCAGCACGCCGCCUCGAUCGCCGCCCCGUGCGCACCCGUGCGCGAGUGUUUCGUGAGUGCGUUCCAGAGCGCGCGUGCGCAUGGGCGUGAGAGCACGCGCCCAGUGAGUGCAUCGAACAGCAGCCAGCGCACCAGGGAGUGUCCGGUCGUGAUAGGGAUUACCAUCCUCGCCGCCUUCCAGCCCUUACAGCAGUGCACCGAUCCACGAUGGCGGACCCCGGCAUCCCCGAGUUCUUCGAGGGCCGCGACGUGCUGGUGACGGGCGCGACGGGCUUCAUGGGCAAGGUGCUGGUGGAGAAGCUGCUUCGCUGCUGCCCGGGCGUGCGCACCAUCUACAUCCUGGUGCGCGCCAAGCGCGGCGUCGCCCCCAACGCGCGGCUGGAAGCCUUCUCCAAGAUCGCGCUGUUCGAGCCGCUCCUCAAGCAGAACCCGAAGGCUCUGCAGAAGGUGGUGCCCCUGGAGGGGCAGGUGAACGCCGUCAACAUGGGCCUGAGCGAGAAGGACCAGCAGCUCAUCGUGGACACGGUGUCCGUCGUCUUCCACCUGGCCGCGUCGCUGGACUGGCGCAGCUCCCUGAAGCGCGCCGUCACCGACAACACCGUGGGCACGAGGAACGUCAUGGACUUCUGCUCCAGGAUCCGGAACCUCACGGCGCUGGCCUACACGUCCACCGCCUUCUGCCAGUGCGAGGAGGACGUGCUGGAGGAGCGCACCUACAAGCCCAGGGUGGACCCCGAGAUAGUGCUGGAGCUGUGCGAGAAGCUGGACGAGGAGGCCCUGCAGGCCAUGACCCCUGGUCUGCUUGGCCGCCACCCCAACUGCUACACCUUCACGAAGGCCCUGUCGGAGGCGAUCGUGGCCGACUACGGCAGUAAAAUGCCCAUCUGCAUCAUCAGGCCGGGCAUUGUGGUGCCGGCGCUCAAGGACCCCUUCCCCGGGUGGGUGGACAGCCUGAACGGGCCGAUGGGGGUGCUUGUGGCCUCGGGCAAGGGCGUGCUGCGCUCCAUGAUGUGCAACGAGAAGUACGCCGCCGAAGUCAUCCCCGUCGACAUCUGCAUCAACCUCAUCAUCGCCGCGGUGCACAAGCGCUUCCAGCAGCCGAAGAUCAUGUCCGACAUGCCGGUGUACAACGCGUGCACCGGCACCCAGGACCGCACCACGUGGCGGGAGGUGCUGCAGCUCGGCCACAAGAAGCUCAUCAAGUACCCGUUCGAGUGGGCCAUCUGGUACCCGGACGGCAACAUCCGCACCAACUGGUACACGCACACGCUCAUCGUCUUCUUCUUCCAGACCCUCCCCGCGUACUUCAUCGACUUCAUCUUCCUCUGCCUCUUCAUGGAGAGAUUCAUGGUGCGCGUGCAGAGCAAGAUCAACUCGGGCAACGAGCUGCUGGCCUUCUUCACGAUGCGCGAGUGGAAGUUCCCCAACGACAACGGCUGGUCGCUGUGGAAGGGCCUGAACCCGCGUGACCAGGAGACCUUCUUCAUUAACAACGUCCUGCCCGUGGACAAGGACGCCUACCUGGACAGCUGCGUGUUCGGCGCGCGCACGUACUGCAUGAAGGAGCCCGUGUCGUCCCUGAAGGCUUGCCGCCGCCGGAUCAAAGUGCAAUACGUGGUGCACCGCGCGUGCGUGGCGCUGUUCUACAUGUGGUGCGUCUACAUCGCGGUGCGCGUGCUGAGCUGGCUGGCCGGCGACUCCGUCAAGGGCCUCAUGGCCGAGUCCGUGGACGACCGCCUGUCCCUCUAGGCGCCCGCAGUGCCGCAGUGCCGCUCAGCGAACAGCGUUCGCCCCCAACACCUUCCCCCUUUUGCCAUUUACGUACUUCGCUUCACCUCAGCACGCUUCUUGUCGCGCGCCCCGGGACACUGUUAAAGCUUUGGGACGCGGUCUCGUUGCAAUGGCCCCGUGUUUGGGUCGGGAUUCGUUUCCCAGAUUUGUAACAGUUUUUUACUGGCGCCUUCACCUCUGCCAUGGGUUCUGACUUAAGUGCAGCGCCUGAAACUUUCUUUUUGCCUUGUUUCAUCGUUUUAAUCGUAGUGGUGUAAGCUGCAUUCCUGGGCUGGUUUCCAUUCCGCACUAAGGCGAGUGCGUUCUAACAAAUAAGGGCCCAUCACAUUCAUGUAUAUUGCUCAUUUGAUCGUCAUCUAGAAGUGUAAUCUCAAACGAGGAGACUGAUUUUAGUCAUUCGGGCUAAGCAUUUGUGUACCUUUAUUUUGCGGAGGUGGUAUGUGUACGAGUCUAUAGUACAGUGCAGCUCACUGCUAAAACGUUGUUAAUGUAGUCAACGAUGAAUGUCCUCCUGUCUACGCUCUUGCUCAAACUUUUGUUGUUUCGUUUUCGAAUUUAGACCUAAGUCACCCUCCAUCGAAUCAUGACGGCGAGAUUGGCCGUACGUUGGGUCGAGCGAACUCGACCACGUAAGUCACCAAAUACUGCACGCAGAAAAAUGUUUCAUCGAAAGAGAAAUUGUCGCGUUUUGGAAACUCUUUCGAAUCAGUGUCGAAAAAUCACAUUGAUUCUAAGCCGUUUGGUGAAAUCGAUACUUUUUCAUCAAUUCAAUGAAAAGCGUUUUCUGGGUGUACGGCCAUGUUCUCUUGUCAACACGCGCCUUGUGUUCAAAAUGAUGUCUUCUUUUGAAGAAAAGUGUAUUUAUUGAUUGUAUCAAAAUGUAUUUUUUUUCACUGUGUUGUAUGUUGUAUGCCUGUACCAAAAUAAAAAACAUGUGAACUGCC